AUGGCGGAGCUCGAAUUCGAGUACGACAGGCAGCUGAGGAUGACGGCGGACAUCAUCAAGGAGUCGCUGCGUGCGGACGGCACGGAGGAGGACGUCGCGAAGCGAAUCGUAGCCCGCACCGCCGCGGAGCUCCCCGACCUCCCACGCGGGACCAUCGACAACGCCCUCCGCAGCGUCCUUUGCGACCUGAUCGGGGACGCCUCCGCGGCGAACGAACCCGUCAUGCACUUCCGGCCCUCUCCGGAAUCCCCGCCGCUAGUCCCGCGGCUGCUGGGCGCGUCGAUGCACAUCGUCGACGCCGGCGCCGCGGAGUCGCCGUACCACGUCUUCAUCCUCAUCGAGGACACCCUCGAGAUGGGCUCCGUCGCGGACUGCUCGGACAUUUUCCGCCACAUCGACAGCAACAUGCCCGCGCUACGGAAGUACGCCCACGUCAGCCGCCUGGUCCUCCUCCGCAUCUGCAACAAGCUCAUCCGCCGCGUCCCGCGCGCCGAGGCCCCGGAGCUGUGCGGCAAGGUCCUCCUCCUCGUCGCGCGCCUGUUUCCUCUCACGGAGAAGUCGGGAGUGAAUCUGUCGUCGGCGCUGAACGGCGGGCACCCCGUCGCGGCCGAGGCGGUGCCCGAGGCGGACGCGGACGGCCCCCCGCGGGACACCACGGGCCAGCCGAUCAACGGGGAGUUUUACGGGACGUUCUGGGCGCUGCAGGGGCACUUCCAGAAACCCCCCCACCCCGCGAACAGCACGCCGGCGCAGUGGGCGGCGAUGGUCGCGGGGAUCCGCGCCGUCCUGGACCACUUCGGGAAGGAGUCGGCCACCGUCGACUCGGACGGUGUCUCCACCGUGGGCUCGGGUCUCAACGGCUACUAUCUGACGUCGCCGAGUCUCUUCAAUCUUCAAAUGCGCGACAGCGCCUUCCGGCGGCACUUCCUCGCGCAGUGCCUGUUCGUCCUGCUCGACAUCCGCGCGACCGCGUCGCGCGAGACCCGGCGGCCCACGCCCCCGAAGGCCGCGGGCCGGCCGCCCGAGAAGCCCGCCGCGCUCUCGGCGAAGCAGACCAAGGAGCUGAACGAGCUCGAGGCGCGCGUGUGGUCGCAGCUCGAGCUCACGGGGCCGCGGGCGCGCGCGUUCGCCGCGUACCUGCGCACGCUGGUGGCGCGGGAGUCGUUUUGGGCGUCGUGGAAGUUCUCCGACGCGCAGGACAAGAGCUGCGCGGACUUCGAGCUGCCUGCGAUGCCGACGCUCGAGGUGGCGGGCGCGGGCGGCGACUGGGAGGACGGGAAGGCCGUGGUGUCGCUGGGGAACGAAAUGCUGGACGACCUGUGGCGGGUCUGGGGCGAUAACGUCGAGGACCUGGGCGCGGAGGACCGCGGAGUGCGCAAAGCACUAUCUGAUUUCGCCGACACCGUUGCCGCGCAGAUGGACCCCGACUUCGGGCUCGAGGAGGACGAGAAGGUGAAGAACCACCCCGGCUUCAAGUGGCGCGCGCUGCGGCUGCUCGCGGCGGAGGAUCUCGUGGCGUACUUCACCGUCAUGCAGGGGCGCAAGGCGAACCAGGCGAGCGGCGAGCCUGCGACGGCGCCGGGGGACCUGGAGCUGAUGCUGCGGCUGAAGUUCCCGGAGAAGGCACCGGAGGACGUGCAGGAGCAGUGGAGGAAGUGGGACGCGGCCGCGGCCGCGGCGCGCCAGGCGCCGAAGGGGGGGGGUGAAAAGGCACCAGGGGGGGGGCAAGGAGGCGCAGCGAAACCGGCGGAGGCGGGCAUGGACGUUCAGGAGGGGAAGAAGGCGGACGGGGAGGAGGGGAAGGCGGAACCGGACGCGUGA